AUCAUCAUCAUCGUCGUUGGAAUCACAAAUCAUCAUGGAUUCAAAAUGUUUAUUAGCACAAAAUAAUCAAUCAACAACAAUAAACGUCGUCAAUAAUAAUGAUAACGAUUCAUCAAUGAUAAUGACUACGGCAACAACGAAUAAAUGUCCAACGCAAUUGAUAAAUGGUGGUCAUUCUACAACAUCAACAUUAAUGAAUACAACCGGUGGUCUUGUUGCAAAUGCAUCACGUAAACAUCAACGUCGUUUUAAUAUGCAAAGAAUAUUUGUUAAUCGUUCAAUGCAUUUAGAAAAGAUAAAAUUUUUUGGUUUCGAUAUGGAUUAUACAUUGGCUGUUUAUAAAACACCAGAUUUUGAAGCAUUAUCAUUUGAUCUAGUAAAAGAACGACUUAUUAAAAUGGGUUAUCCAGCUGAUAUUGAUGCAUUUAUAUUUGAUCCAACAUUUCCUGUACGUGGUCUUUGGUUUGAUACUGAAACUGGUAAUCUAUUAAAAGUUGAUCCAUAUGGUAAUAUUUUAGUUGCUGUAUUUGGUUUUCAAUUUCUUAAAACUUCAGAAAUAUAUGCCAUAUAUCCAAAUAAAUUUGUACAAUUAGAUGAAUCAAGAAUUUAUGUAUUGAAUACAUUAUUUGCACAACCAGAAACUUAUCUAUUAGCAUGUGUUAUUGAUUUUUUCUCCAAUUCACCCGAUUAUAUAAGAGUCAAAGAAAAUCAUCAUGGUGUUAAAGCUAAAGCUGGAAAUCUAUUCAUGUCAUAUAAAAGUAUUUUUCAAGAUGUACGAUCAGCAUUUGAUUGGGUUCAUGUAAAGGGUUCAUUGAAAGAAAAAACAGUGAAUAAUAUUGAACGAUAUAUACAUCAAGAUCAUCGUCUUCCAUUAUUAUUGGAUCGAAUGCAUGAAAAUGGAAAGAAAAUAUUUUUAUUAACAAAUUCUGGUUAUAAUUAUACGGAAAAAGUUAUGGAUUAUCUAUUUCAAGUACCAUCGGCAAAAAAUCGUCCAUGGAAAUCAUAUUUUGAUUUUAUUGUUGUUGAUGCACGUAAACCAUUAUUUUUUGAUGAAGGUACUAUUCUACGGCAGAUUGAUGUAAAUACUGGUGCAUUACAAAUUGGUACACCAACUGGUCCAUUCGAACCAGGACAAGUAUAUUCAGGUGGAUGUUGUGAUGUAUUUACCGAAUUGAUUGGUGCCAAAGGUAAAGAUGUACUUUAUAUUGGCGAUCAUAUAUAUGGUGAUAUUCUUAAAUCGAAAAAACGACGUGGUUGGCGUACAUUUUUGGUCGUACCAGAAUUACAAAAAGAAUUAGAUAUAUGGAUGAACAAGCGUUUACUGUUUGAACGUUUAAAUGAAUUGGAUGUAAAAUUGGGCGAUAUGUAUGUAAAUAUGGAUUCAAGUUCACGUGAUAAACCGGAUAUAAAAGAAGUACGAAAUCAAAUUCGUGAAACAAUUCAUGAAUUGGAUAUGAGUUAUGGUAUAUUGGGUAGUAUAUUUCGUUGUGGUUCAAGACAAACACAUUUUGCUAAUCAACUUUGUCGUUUUGCUGAUCUUUAUUCAAGUACAUUUUUGAAUCUAAUGUAUUAUCCGUUUAGCUAUAUGUUUCGUGCACCACCAAUGUUGAUGGCACAUGAAUCAACUGUUGAACAUGAAAAUGAUGAUAGCCUUAAUCUAUGGGAUAGUCAAUCAAUGGAAGCCAGUUUUGAUGGAACAACAACAACAACAAUCAACAAUAAUAAUAAUGAAUUAUUCAACGUAACCAAUUUAACAAUGAAUAAUAAUAUUAUCGAUCGUAAUAAACAAUUAAUCGAACAGAAAUUAGAGGUUAAUGAAUCUUCUGGUGAAUUAAUUAACAAUAACAACAACAAUAAUAAUACUGCUAAUAAUAAUAAUAAUGAACGUUCAGGUUCACCAUCAAUGAUCGAUCGUUUUGAUCGACAACGAUCAAUUGGACAAAUAGUUGAAAAAGUACAAUCACAAAAAAUAUCACAUCAAAAUUCAGUACCACAUUUAUUUGCUGAAACACCAAAAGCAAUUACACAUCAUCAUGAUACUGAUGAUGAAGAUACUGAUCAUUCAUCAAAUUCUGAUCAAAAUGAUGAAUAUAAAGAUAAAUCUUUAUAAAAAAAUCAUUGGAAGAAACGAAAAAAAAUGACUGAAACUAAAAAAACGAAAACUUCAUCAGAAUUUUAUAUAAUUUGCUCAUUUCCCUGUGUUAUCAUCAUUAUCAUUGCUGAUUUAUUCACUCAAUUCUUCUUCUUAUUUCUGUUGUUUUUUGUUGUUGCGAUUGUUCAUCCAUAAUUC